AUGUUGGGCAAGUUUUUCCCGCGCAUCAAAGUCCUGCCAUUGACGGAGCGGACUCGGUCCCGCGAUGCCUUUGUCUACUUGGAUCGUGUUCAAAAGAUUUUCGGCUGGACAGAGCCUGACAAUCAGAAAUGGAGAAUCGCCUAUAUUCUUUGGGGAAUUUUCAUAAAUGUGCUGCUAAUAUUCCUGCUACCGAUCUCGAUGUUGGUAUCAUAUAUUCAGAUGUUCAAGAGCUUCACGGCGGGAGAGUUUCUCAGCUCCCUGGAGAUCACGGUGAAUAUGUACGGCUGUGUCUUGAAGUGCCUGUACACCAUUUGGGGCUACCAGGGAUUUAAGGCAGCCAGAAGGGUGCUGGAUGACCUGGACCUGCGCUGCACCAGCGACGAGGAACGCUCCAGUGUGCACCGCUGUGUGGCUCUGGGCAACAUGUGCUAUGUGUUCUAUCACAUUAUUUACUCGGGAUUUGUUGUAGUCAAUUGGAGCGGCUAUCUCCUGAUGGGCAGGCACGCCUGGUUGAUGUACCUUCCUGGGCUGGACGCUGAAAAGAAUUUUUUUAUAUCCAGCUUGUGCGAGAUUUUUCUGAUGGGUUCCUGUGUCACCAUGGACCAGUGCACGGAUGUCUCUCCGCUGGCCCACAUGCUGAUGGCUCGCUGUCACAUUGUUCUGCUCAAGGAUCGGUUGAGCAAACUACGUUCCGAUUCUAGCAAAAAUGAAGAGCAACACCAUGAGGAGCUAAGCAAAUGCGUCCAGGACCAUCGCUUGAUACUAGACUAUGUCAAUGCUCUGCGGUCCGUCUUCUCGGGCACCAUAUGCGUGCAGUUCCUUUUGAUUGGGAUAGUUCUGGGUCUGUCCAUGAUCAACGUCAUGUUCUUUUCGACCCUGUGGACGGGAAUCGGCACCGCGUGCUUCAUGUUCUGUGUGUUGUUGGAAACAUUUCCCUUCUGCUACCUUUGCAACACGAUCAUCGAUGAUUGCCAGGAACUCUCCGAUAGUUUGUUCCAAUCGAAUUGGACGUCAGCCAAUCGCAAAUACAAGUCCACGCUGGUCUACUUUCUGCACAAUCUUCAGCAACCAAUUACAUUGACAGCUGGUGGAGUUUUUCCCAUAUGCAUGCAGACGAAUCUAUCGAUGGUGAAGCUGGCCUUUUCGGUUGUAACAAUAAUAAAACAAUUCAAUCUGGCCGAUAAAUUUCAGUAA